CAGUUGAAGUCAAGAUGGCUGCGAUCUCAGGGCAAAGGAGCGAAGCUGCAGCAGAAAGACCGUGAAUCGAAAUCUAAUUCACUUGCAUCCCUUGUUGAAAGUAGGCGAAUUUUGUCAUCGAGCCCGUGGAGUUCUGGAUUCUGUCAACACAGCUAAACAUUCCAAAACAACCGAGAUUAAACUCUCGUAUGAAUUCCGAAGAGCAAGAGGACCGUGAGUGUUCGCCACCACAGGCCGAGAGUCGCCCGGCAGGAGGAGCCCAGAGAGAAUACGAGGAGCUUGAAAUAGAAAACCCAGAAGCAAGCCGGAUGAAGCGAGCAGCUGCCAAACAUUUAAUAGAGCGCUACUACCACCAGUUAACGGAGGGUUGCGGGAACGACUCUUGCUCCAACUCAUGGUGUGCCUCGUCAGUUGUCUUCAGCCGGAUGGACAACAAUGCUGCAGCUGUCAAAGCUCUGGAGCUGUACAAGGUCAAUGCCAAGUUGUGUGACCCUCAUCCUUCCAAGAAAGGCACCGCAUCAGCCUACAUGGAGAGCAGUGCCCUCAGCAACAGCAAGAUUAAUCAUAAGGACGUAAACUCUCUAAGGGACAAUUUUAAAGAUGUUGUUUACCUGACCGAGGAAAAAGUUUAUGAGAUUUUGGAGAGCUGUGGCGAGAAGGAGGAUUACUCCCCUCUGAUUAGAGUAAUAGGCCGAGUCUUCUCCAGUGCAGAGGGUUUGGUCCAGAGCUUCCGGAGAACCAAAUCUCACACAAAGGAGGAGCUGAAGUCAUUACAGGGGAAGGAUGAAGACAAAGAUGAGGAUGAGGAGGAGGCAGCUGCCAGCUCUGCUACGGCAAUGGAAGAGGACUCUCCCGCCUCCUCCUCAUCGUCAUCCUCAUCCUCACGUGGUGGUGAGGGAGCCUCAGGGGACGACUUUAAGCUUGGCCCAGAUGAGGUAUCUGUGGACAUAGAAGCUGUGCGGCGGGUCUAUGAACGUCUGUUGCCCAAUGAGAAGGUAGAAGCUGCCUUUCUGAACGCACUGGUCUACCUCUCACCUAACGUGGAGUGUGACCUGACAUACCAUAAUGUGUAUUCUCGGGAUCCAAAUUAUUUGAAUCUCUUUGUAAUAGUGAUGGAAAAUAACAAUCUUCACAGUCCAGAAUAUCUAGAAAUUGCCCUUCCUCAGUUCUGCAAGGCCAUGAGCAAACUGCCACUGGCAGCUCAGGCCAAGCUCGCACGACUUUGGUCGCACUAUAGUUGCGAACAGAUUAGACGCAUGGUGGAGACUUUCCAGCAACUCAUCACAUAUAAGGUGAUCAGUAAUGAAUUCAGUAGUCGAAACCUUGUCAACGAUGAUGAUGCAGUGGUGGCAGCCACCAAGUGUCUGAAGAUAGUCUUCUAUGCAAAUGUAUUGGGUGGUGACCUGGACGUGGAACACAAUGAAGAAGACGACGAAGAGCCUAUUCCGGAGUCAAGUGAACUCACUCUGCAGGAGCUGCUGGGAGAAGAGAGGAGAAACAAGAAGGGUCCACGGGUAGACCCACUGGAAACGGAAUUGGGGAUCCGCACCAAUGACUGCCGGUGGCCACUUGUUCCCUUUGAGGAAUACGUCAACGAACCUCUGAAUGAGGUGCUGGAAAUGGACAAGGACUACACUUUCUUCAAAGUGGAAACGGAAAACAAGUUCUCUUUUAUGACUUGUCCUUUUAUCCUUAACGCCGUCACCAAGAACCUUGGGCUGUACUAUGACAACCGCAUCCGCAUGUACAGUGAGCGGCGUAUCACGGUGCUUUACAGCCUUGUGCAGGGACAGCAGCUCAAUCCCUAUUUAAGGCUUAAGGUGCGACGAGACCACAUAAUUGAUGAUGCGUUGGUCAGGCUGGAAAUGAUUGCAAUGGAGAAUCCUGCAGAUUUAAAAAAGCAGCUGUACGUGGAGUUUGAAGGAGAACAAGGUGUGGAUGAAGGUGGUGUUUCCAAGGAGUUUUUUCAACUUGUGGUUGAAGAAAUCUUCAAUCCUGACAUUGGCAUGUUCACGUAUGAUGAGCGCACCAAAUUGUUUUGGUUCAACCCCUCAUCAUUUGAGAAUGAAGGCCAGUACACACUGAUCGGAAUCGUUUUGGGUCUAGCAAUCUAUAACAACUGUAUCCUGGAUGUCCACUUUCCCAUGGUGGUCUACAGGAAGCUGAUGGGCAAGAAAGGAACUUUUCGAGACCUAACUGAUGCCAACCCUAUGCUGCAUCAGAGUCUGCGUGAGCUUCUUGCGUAUGAGGGCAGUGUGGAGGACGACAUGAUGAUCACCUUUCAAAUUUCACAGACAGACUUGUUUGGAAAUCCACUGAUGUAUGACUUACGAGAAAAUGGUGAUAAGAUUCCUGUGACAAAUGAAAACAGAAAGGAGUUUGUGGCCCAAUAUGCCGAUUACAUGCUCAACAAAAGUGUGGAGAAGCAGUUCCGAGCAUUUAGGAGAGGAUUCCACAUGGUCACCAAUGAGUCCCCCCUCAAGUACCUGUUCAGGCCCGAGGAGAUUGAGCUCUUGAUUUGUGGAAGCAGGAACCUCGACUUCCUUGCACUAGAGGAGUCUACAGAAUAUGAUGGUGGUUACAACAGAGAUUCGAGAAUAGUAAAGGAGUUUUGGGAGAUCUUGCACUCUUUUGGUGAAGACCAGAAGCGCCUCUUCCUACAGUUCACAACAGGCACAGACAGAGCUCCUGUCGGUGGAUUGGGCAAGCUCAAGAUGAUUAUCGCCAAGAACGGUCCCGACACUGACAGGUUGCCAACAUCUCACACUUGCUUUAAUGUACUGCUGCUACCUGAAUACAACAGCAAGGAGAAGCUGAGAGAGAGACUGCUGAAAGCCAUCACCUACGCCAAAGGCUUUGGCAUGCUCUGAGUCUCCCUCCUGCUCCUCCACACUGUGAACAGACUUGGCUCUUCAAAACCCAAGGUUCCUUAUUAGACAAAGGGGGACAAAAGACAGACUACAGUUUGAAUGCAAAAACAGGAAUCAGUGACAAGGGAUAGGAUGAGGCCUCUGUUGAGAGUUCUGCUCGUCUUACUGUGCCUGCGUUAGCCUGCAUCCGUCAGUGUGAGCACCGACACCUCAUGAUCAGUACGACACCUUGAUGUGGACACGCUGCCGCCUACUCUGUUUGACUUUGUACUGAGAGCAUAAUUUUUGUUAUUUAUGUGAAGGUUACUGGGUUGUUUUCAGGCCUAGCGACACCCUGGCUUCCCUUCAGGGGCCUAACCAAACUUAAAUGCCAUUUUUACCAUAUAAGUAGCUCCAAAUGGUUCAAAGUUUUGGAGUAGUUCUGGCAAAUACGCAGCCUGACUGGAGACGGAACGACACACAAACAUGCUCACUUUGCGUUUUUCAGUCCAGGAUGGCACUUUUUUUGACGCUCCAGCCAUCUCUGUUUGGUUGUAAGGGCUGGAGGGUGACUGAGGGCCCAGUUGGUCUCCAGUCAUGUCAGAGCUAUGUAAGUGCACUUAGACAUUUUCAGAAUGUUUUGCUUUUUGUUUUUCUGGCCGCAGGUCACCAUGAUUGUUCAACAUAUUUUAUUGACAUGUCUUCCUGUGUUGCAAUUCAAAAUAAAACGGUGUUCGUACUGGAGCACUUUGAAGUCGGGUACCUGUUAUCCAUGAUGCUCGCCGCAGUGUCUGGGGCUGCGUUCACAUUACGGCACUCCAUGUCCAUCAUCGCCUUUUUUUUAAACAUAUGUUUUACCUGUUUUUUUUGUUUUUUUGUUUUUUUUUAAGAAGAGACUGUUUAAUUGUAAUAAAGGCGUUCGACAGUCCCUCGUCAGACACGCUCUGCUCAGGCUGGUGUCUUUUUUGAAACACAUGCCUCACUUUUUCCAUUUUAUUUUAUUUUUUUUUUAAUUUCCAUUUUUUUGUAAUGUGAACGUAGCCUCUGUGCCCCUCUUGUGCCAACCAGGCCAUUGGUUUAUCCCACUUGACACUCUGUGUUUGUAAAGUCUGGACUGGUGUCGCAGAGACUUCCGGAGUUGUCCACAUGCUGAGUGGUCAAUUUGUCAUUUCCACGCUUGCAUAGUUGUUUGUCUCCUCUUGUUGGAGUAGAGCUCACUGGUAACGCUGGAAUCUGGCUCUUGGUGUAACGGCAUAGUAACAGCCCAAUAUAUGUGACUCCAGACUGUAGAUCACUGGUAUAUGACUUUUUUGGGAGGUGUGGGGGGGGUGUAGAUGUUGGAAACUGUUGGAAACUGUUCUCACAAUCUCUGAGUCCAUUGCUUUUAAAGGAUCUUUAAGUCCGCUUUCGCUCAACGGGACAGAAAAAUGGCCAGUUCCUGCAAUAAAGCCCACCUUAUAUCAAGAAAUAUUUGCAGUGCAACUCCAUUGCUGACCACAACAUGUGAGAAUGCUUUUAAGUAUUCAAGAUUUACAAGUCUGAAAAUGCCAAAUUGAGCGACGGUGUGAUUCCAGAUGAAUGUCGAUUCCAAUUUUUCAUUCAGUGAAUCACCCUUGGAUCAGAGCCUGUCCAGACAUGAACCAACCUAAGAAGCUGUCCCAUUCUGCUGGUCAAAGACCGGCUCUAUUGACCACAGAGCCCCUCUGAGUCUGUCUCCCAUAUGAUGCCACUGAAGCAGCCUGAGCCUCCUGUCCCUCGAUUUACUUCAUCAUUUCAAGUCUGCUUCUUUUGUUUCCCUCUGCUGCCAAUGCUGCUCACCUGGUCAUGUGACGGGGCUCAGGAGAGUCGGGUGAAGGCUCAAAGGGAAGAUUGUUUUGAUUCCAUAGUUUGAAAAUGACACAAAGUGAUACGGUAUGAGUAUUCAGUGUUGUGAGAACAUGCUUAAUAAAGACAGCUUUUCUCCAA